CAGUAGUGAGUGUCCGCCAGCUGGAAACAAACAUUUUACUCGUAGUUUUAGACAUAGUUCUUUUGUUUUUAUCUUUUUUAAUCACACUUGAGGUUCAGCAGAGGUGCUCUCAAAUGAUGCAGGCUUUGAAAAGCGUCAGACACCUGACGUCCAGCACAAUGAAACAAGCAGUUUCAGAGCUCUGUCUACCGGUCCCAUGGGGAGAAAUCAAAGGUAAAGUCUGGGGUCCGGAUCACGGUCGACCUGUGUUGUGCCUGCACGGUUGGGCUGAUAACUGUGGUACAUUCAACACUCUCAUUCCUCUUUUGCCCAAAGAGUGCAGAUACGUGGCAGUGGACCUGGCAGGUCAUGGUCUGUCUUCACAUCGUCCACCUGGAGUCUUCUACUCCUUUCCUCUGUAUGUGGCGGAUAUACGCACAGUUGUUGACGCUCUCCAGUGGAGCAAAUUCUCCAUCAUCGGCCACAGUAUGGGUGGUAAUGUUGCUGGAAUGUUCAGUGCACUCUACCCGGAGAUGGUGGAUGCUGUCGUAUUGCUCGACUCAUAUGGAUUCUUACCCACAGAUCCGAAAGAAAUGCCCCAGGUGAUAAGACAGGGGAUAGAUGAAAUGCUUCAGUUUGAAAAGAAGUCUAAAGACAAGAAGGAGCGAGUUUACACUUUUGAGAAGGCAGUUGAGAGGCUGUUGGCUGCAAACCCAACUCUGUCUGAAGACUCUGUGAAGAUCCUUUUAGAGCGAGGUCUAGUUCAAGUUGAAGGAGGAGUUGUGUUCUCCCGAGACUUUCGUAUUAAUCUGAAAAACAUAGUGCGCAUCAGUUUGGAGCAGAGUCUGGAGAUGCAGUCGAGGAUACAAGCUUCUGUUCUGGUUGUUCUAGCAGAAGAAGGCUUUGAGAAAAUAUUUGCUGAACCAGAUCAAAAGAAAUUUACAUCAGCGCUUCUCCAGGUCUAUAGAGACAAAAAUCACACAGUGGUGACGGUACCAGGCGACCAUCACAUCCAUCUGAAUAAUCCUGAGGUCGUUGCUCCGCUUGUGUCUGACUUCCUGCAGACCAGAGUGUUGUCACAGUCAGCCAGACAGACAGAAGAACAGAUCUCUAAGUUAUAAGAAAAUAUUUUAUAUCAAGAUACAUUCAUAUGACACAGCUGACCUCAAGUUUUACUUUUUUGUUUCUGACAGUUGUCAUUUACUCAAUUUGGUGCUUUAUCCUCAGUCAACCAGCUGUUUUAACAUCAACUAGUUGCCAUAUGCUACUUAUUGGUGGGCUCUUUAAUUAUUUAAAGUAUUAUAAUAGAUACAUUUCAAUGUGUAUACAUAUAUACGUGUAUAUAUAUAUAAUCUCUUUGUACUGUUGUUACUUUGAGCUACAGUAGCAUCAUGAGCUCUGUUUCACACCAGGCUGCUCGACUUUAACGUAAGAUUUUGUGCAAAAUAUUAGAAGGCAACAUGUUGGGAGAGAUGACGAGACAGCCUUAAUGUAUUUUUCAGCCCAAUUUGUAUCUUUUGCUUUUUUUUAUGAAUAAGUAUAAUUUACGACCAGGAUCAUUCAAUUCAGUGAAGCAUUAUCAAAUCUGCAUUGGUCAGAUCUUCUCUGUAGUGACAGAGGUCAACACUACUGUACUGGACUGUACAUAAACAGUGAGACACUCCUGUAACACUUCAUUCCACUAAAGUAUGAAAGUAAAAAAUAACUCAAGAAAACAUGUGUAGCCAGUUAUGGCAUUGUGAGUUUAAUUGUACAAUAACAAGACUAAACUCCAUAGCCACAUAUGCAGCCAUACACACCAGAAAACAAAUUGUUGGAAAAAUUAAAAAUAAUUAGUUUGACACACGAGUCCCAGAGCAUGGGAGAGCAGCAGGUCAGCAAACUGUCAAUCGCUACUAUACGUCUACAAAUCUUAUUAACCGAGCAAUCAUUUCUAAAAUGACCACCAGCACAAUUAUAAGAGGGCUCAAGUACAGUGAUGGAGACCAUUAUGACUCAUUAAAAACGGACUCAGUAAUUCUCGAGAGAAUUUGACACUUUUAAUGGGAGUGAGUUGGAGCCAGCAUCUAGGGGCUGUAGGUGGGAUUGUCACUUUCGCAUCGCCUUUAGCCUUACACUGUGGUUGUUGCCACUUGGGGUGCACAUGAUCACAUCAAGUGCAACAGAGCAGGGAGAGGGAGGGAGGAGCAGAGUGGCUUGCUUUUCGAGUUUCAUGCUCAUGCUAGCUUGAUUUCCAGAACUUACAUAUUGUGAAGCUUUAACUAGACAUUAUGAAGUGAACCUACUACCGAGUAGUUUUUUCCAAGUAUGUAAGAACAUACCAGGAAUCAAUUAGAGAGAUUCUUUAUGGAAUGUCUAUUUUUAACUAAUCCAGCAAAGUAAAUACCAGAAGAAUCUAAGCAUUUCAUCACGUUUAUGGAAAAAUCCCAUGAAAAUUCACUGUUGUUAGUGUUGCAACAUUGCUCACAAUGGCAUAAUAAGGAAUGAAAAGAAUAGCUACCUUGAUAUAAACUGGCAAAAUGUCUGAUGGCUUUUAUAUUGUCGAGGGUAUGUAUCAUCAUAUUACCCUCUCCUACAUGACAAUUUGAUAUGAAUCAAAUACAGAAGUAAUCACCUCUUCCCGUCAGCUUUUUGGCUUUAAAAAGUAACUCUGCACCAGGCUGGAAAGUGCUUUUUCUCUGCCCUCUCUGGUCUGUUUCACCUCUGACAUAAGGCCGUCACGGUAUACUGGUAUUGACAAGAGAUAUAUUUUUUAAAUAAAAUAUUGAUAUCAUGUUAAUAAUGCACAUAUGAUAAUAAAUUGUAAAUAAUCCAGUGCCUCUUUAAUGUUUAGUUUCUUUCUGUUCUAAUUUUGUCUCCCUCCCUCAAUGCUCCACACACACACACCUUGUGUAUCUUUUAUUAGUUCCUCUCUUUGCCUUUUGUGUAAUUGUUCUUUUUGUAUGCUUUUGCACCGUUAUCGAUACAGAUUCUCUCUCCACCUACCUACACUCGUAUUUGGAGUGUAAGUCAUUUGCCAGAAAAGAGACAAAACA